AAUUUGGUGUUUCUGUGGGAGAGAGCUCCGAGCCAGCUGGACAAGAAAACCAUGCUGCACUGAUGCUGGAGUAACAGAGCUGACAGCUGAGCUAUGUGUUAAGGAUCGUCUGCAGUGAACCCUUGACUACACGGAGCUUUCUGAUAUUCUUCUUCUUUGGCUGUGAGAGGAAGUUUUUUGCAAUGGGGAGGAAGAAGAUCCAGAUCACCAGGAUCGUAGACGAGAGGAACCGACAGGUGACUUUCAUGAAGAGGAAGUUUGGUCUGAUGAAGAAGGCCUAUGAGCUGAGUGUGCUGUGUGAUUGUGAAAUCGCUCUCAUCAUCUUCAACAGCUCCAACAAGCUGUUCCAGUAUGCCAGCACUGACAUGGACAAAGUCCUGCUGAAAUACACAGAGUACAACGAACCCCACGAGAGCAGAACCAACUCUGACAUUGUAGAGGCUCUGAACAAGAAGGAGCACCGAGGCUGUGAGCCCGACGGUGACGCCUCGUAUGUUCUCACCCCAAGUACUGAGGAGAAAUACAAGAAGAUCAAUGAAGAGUUCGACAACAUGAUGAAGUGUCAUAAAAUUUCCACAGGCAUCCCUCAGCAGAACUUCAUGCAUGUAGCACCAGGCAACAUGUUGUACAGCUCAGGAGGAGGAGGAGCAACCUCCCAGGCUCUUGCUGCAGCCACAGCAGCUCUGUCUGACAUCGGGGUCCUCACCUCGCCUCACACACACCUCCAUAGAAACAUGAACUCUCCACAAAGACCGCCCAGCACGGGAAACACAGGUGGCUUGCAUGGCAGUUCUGAUCUGGUUCUUCAAAAUGGAUCUGGACCAGUCGUGAACGGUUUCGUGGGCUCAUCUGGUGGAGGCAGCUUGGGGAAGAUCCUGCAACCCAAAUCUCCCCCUGUUCCUCCACCUGGAAGCAGUCUGGUCCCCGCCAGCCGUAAGACUGACCUCCGAGUAGUCAUCCCGCAGUCCAAAGGAAUGAUGCAAACACUGAGUAACCAGAGGCUGAGCAGCACUCAGUCCAGCCAGCCUCUGUCCACCCCAGUGGUCUCAAUGACAACGCCCAGUCUGCCCCACCAGAGUCUGGUCUACUCUGGCAUCAGCUCCACCUACAACGACGAUUAUUCCCUGAACAGUGCGGAGCUGCCCGGCUUCUGCUCUCCUGCUGCCUCCUCUCUGGGCUCCAUGGCGGCGUGGCAGCAACAUCAGCUGAGCUCACUGGGUUCUGGGAGCUCCAAUCUCUCCAUCAACACCAACCACAACGUCAACAUCAAAGCCGAGCCCAUCUCCCCACCCCGUGACCACCUCAGCCAAUCAGGCUACAUGACCCAGGCUCAUGCCCAUCCUCACGCUUCUUCAUCCAACCGAGCAGAGUUGGGAAGGUCUCCUGCAGACAGCGUCAGCUCCUCUUGCAGCUCCCAUGAGGGUGGCAGCGAGCGGGAGGAGCUGCAGCAGCGGCAGCAGCCAGACUUCCACCCGCUCCCUGUGAGCCGCUCGGAGGGUAGGCAGAGUCCGACAGUCAAACGCAUGAGAAUGGACAGCUGGGUGACAUAAACACGAAGGUCACAUGACCACACAACACCAGGGAAACACAGGAAGGACACUGAUAUGCAAACAAGAUGUGUAUUUUAUUGAUGUGUUCAGUUAUUUUUCAUUAAGAUGUUUGUUUUAUCUUGAGAAGGGUUCAGCCAUUAUCUUAUCCGCGUUCAGGUUAUCAAAAAGUUCCAUCCUUUUCCAGCAUAAACCAUUUUAGCACUUCAGAUGAUUAUAAGGGUCCAAUUGCAGUACAAUCAGAAAUGUUUGUAUCAGGUGAGAUAGAUGCAGUCCAAAAAAGUCAGCUUGGUUUGUCGUCAGUCUUGCUGCUGCUUAGUUUGGGUAGUUAAGCAGUGAAGUGCUUCUGAAUGUCUCCCAUUGGCAGAGGUGGCCAAACUACGCAGAUCAUUUAUUCAAGUGGAAAUACAGAAACGUGCAAAAAAAAUGUUCAGAAUUCAACUUCUUCACUGAAGUUUAAAUUAAACUGUACAGACACUGAAAUGUACUGACAGAAUAAAGUUCCCCUCUGAUGAAUGUUUCUGUGCAAAGCUAACUAAAGCUUGUGUAAUAUUUUUCAGAAUAUUAAAUAUGAAUUACUCUUUUUUUUAGAUACAAAACAAUGUUAAAAAAAAAUAACCGUUACUUUUUUCUAGUAUCCACAGUUAAUGUUGGCUUUUUUCAUCUAAGUUCUCCCUGUAGGUCAAAGAUAUAACAAAUUGUCUGCAGUUAAGUUUUAUUACAAAGUUUUGCCAUGCUGCAUCUGAAUCAUUUUCAUUCUGUUACAAUUGUUGUUGUUUUAGGCACUGAUGGAUACGCUGAAUGCAAAGGCAUCAUCUUUUUUUUGUGUAUUAUUGUCCCAUUUAGGCUGAAAUUGGUCAUGGAAGCAAUUAAGAAUAACAAAUUCUCAUUAGAGGCAUCAAAGCUGUUGUUUAUUAGGCCGUUCUGAAAAUGUAAGGAGUAAAAAGUACAGAUAUCUGUGUUUCAAUGUAGGGUGUUACAUUUAAAGUAUAAAUUACUUUAACAAAUUCCCAGUCAAAUGUAACUGUAAUGCAGUAACUGAGUAUUUGCACUUUGUUUCUAAAGCAUUUGUACUUUUUUACUUCCCACCUCUGCUCAUUGGGUUUCUUCAGUUCAUUUCUGAUCUCCUCAGGGUUUGAAACAUUGAGUGUAACAUGAAAGCAAUACUCCCUCCACAUCACUCUAAAUAAGACACUUAUUUAUAUCAGCCAAAGCAGUAUGCUGUUUUAUGUUGUUUGUAAUUGUUUUUAUAUUGUGCACAGAGUUAGAAAAUGUUGCACUUAGAUUUAAACUGAAAGCCAUGGACACUUGUUCUGUAUGUUCUACCCAAAUAUGUUGUAUUUGUUUUGUAUAUACUAUCUUUAAUAUAUAUCACUUUUGGUGUACCUAA